AUGUUCAACUUAUUCGCAAAACGUAAAAAAGAAUUGGGAACAAAGAAGGAUGACAAAACCAAUUCCCGGCUGCCAAAAAAUGCAUCACCAACGCAUUACACUGUUUGCUUUAAACCCAACCUGGAGAAGCUAACAUUUGAAGCGUCUGUUGCCAUUGAUGUCACAGUUUUGGAAAACUCCAAACAUUUAAUGAUAAAUUCAGUUGAUCUUGUAAUGAACAAAGUGAUUUGGGAAGAGGAUGUCACUCAAAACAGACAAGAGCCGAUUGAAAUGACGCCAUUAGACAAAGGCCAGUUUGAACUUAAAUUUGACCCGUUCCUGGUCCCACAGAAGGGACAACUGCGACUCAAUUUUAAAGGAUCGAUUACUGAUAAGAAAAUGAUGGGUUUCUAUCGCUCAAAACCAAACCCCAAUGACAAUGCUUAUCAUUUUAUUGCCCAGUUUGAGCCAAUGGAUGCAAGAAGAUGCCUUCCGUGUUAUGAUGACCCUGCAAUAAAGGCUGAGUUUGAUGUUUGUCUGAUUAUUCCGAAAGGAAAAACUGUUGUAGGCAAUAUGCCCAUCAAAGCUCGAUACAAUCACAAGAAGACUACUUUGCUAGAAAUCGUCGAAUUCAAACGAACCCCACCAAUUUCCACUUUUGCGGUGGGCUUCGUGGUUGGGAACUUUGAUUUCGUUGAAGCAAGGUCACGGGAUGACGAUAUCGCGCUACGAGUGUACACUCCUCGAGGGAAAAAGCUUCAAGGGACGUUUGCACUUGGGGUUGCUGCUGAAGCCGUCACUUUUCUGGCGUCGUAUUUCUCGUGCCAAUUUCCUCUGCCAAAAUUGGACUUCAUGGUCAUUUCUGACUUCGCUUUGAGUUCUGCAGGAAGUUGGGGGUUAAUUCUCAGUAGAGAUAAUAAUUUGUUGCUGGAUGAUGAGUCUAAGGCUUCUUGUGGAGAGAAACAGCAUGUUGCGCUUGUGAUUUGUGAAGAAAUUGUCAGACAAUGGAUUGGAAAUUUAGUAACACCGGAGUGGUGGAAUCAACUAUGGGUUAAGUCUGGUGUAGCCAUGUUCAUUUCGUACAUUUGCAUGGAGGAGGUAAAAUCCGAAUAUGAGACAUCAACGCACUUUGUAACCGAAAUUUUUCGAGCAAUGCAUGAGGAUUCAUUGAAAUCCACGUAUCCUCUCGACACUCCGGUGCACAGCUCCUUGGAAUGUGAGGAACAGUAUGACGAAAUAUGCUAUAAAAAGGGGGCCGCCUUGUUCCGCAUGCUAUACAACUUUAUAGGAGAAGAUCAUUUCCGGCUAGGAUUAUCAAAGUACAUCAUCAAGUACAAGUUCAAGAAUGCAACGACAGGAGAUUUGUGGAAAUGUUUUGAGGAAGCAUCAAAUAAGCCAAUAUCAACCCUUAUGAACUCUUGGAUGAAUCAAAGAGGAUACCCAAUGAUAAGAGUUACCGGAAAGCAAGACGGAAGAAAUCGAUUCAUAAAGAUAACCCAAGAAAAAUUUACUUUCGAUCAGACUGGUUCACGAGACAUACGGGCGGAAGGUACAUGGGUAAUUCCAAUAACUGUGACGGCUGAGCGUGACCCUGGAGCAAUUAUCUUUCACACGUUGAUGGAUACAAAAUCACAAACCAUUGUCAUUUCCGACAUAGGAAAAAAUGAUUGGAUAAAGUUUAACCCACGAGUUAUUGGGUUUUACCGUACUCGAUAUUCAUCCGACAUGUUUACGACGUUGGUUCAUGCCAUAAGAAGUCAAAACAAGACACUUGAAGCUGUAGACAGAUUGAAUAUUCUGGAUGAUAAAUUUGCAUUCCUAAUGUCCGGGGUGCAAGGUACCAUUAUUGAGGUGCUUACACUCACCGAAGCUUUCUUAGAAGAUGAUGAUUACAAUGUAUGGCGCACCGUGAGCUACAUUUUCGACAAAUUGCUUAGAAUAUUGGCCUACAUGAAUUUGGAGGAAUCAUUUGAGCAUUUUGGAAGAUAUGUCUUUAGUCGUAUUCUUGAGCGAGUCGGUUACAAAUACUUACCUAAUGAACAUCAUCACACUAAACUGUUGCGACCAUUGGUCUUCUUAAUGAUGAUAAAGUUUAAGCAUCGAGAAGUAAUAUCUCGAUGUAAAGCCAUGAGUGAUCACAUCACCAGUUCAGAAGAAGAAAUUCCUCCCGAACUAAGGUCCGUCCUGUAUUACUGUGCAAUGGAGAGGGACGAAGAGGACGUGGUUAAGUCAUUUAUUCGGAUUUACAAGGAGUCAGAUUCUGUGCAGGACAAGAAGCGAAUCGCCAAAGCAUUUUCUGCAGUUAAAGAGCCGGGCUUGAUAAAACAAAUAUUAGACUUUUCAAUUAGUGAAGAUGUUUGUAAGCCAGGCUCAAUUGACAUCAUUUCUUCACUAUCAAGGCAUAAGGAUGGACGAGCAUUAAGUUGGAAUUUCUUUAAAGAGAAUAUUGCUGUGUUUAAAAAUCGUUACGGAUCGUUUAUGGCGUCGAAGCUCAUCACAGUCAUCAUUGAAGGUUUUGCCGAAGAAUCAUUUUUCGUGGAUGUCACAGAAUAUUUCAAAGCCAACUUAUUUCCUGGUACGGAGAGAGCAGUUCAAUUCGGACUAGAAAAUAUUCGAACGAAUAUACAAUUGAUAAAGAGGGAACGCAACCCUUCGGCACUCAGAGACUACUUGGAUGCUGAUGCUAUUUAACAUGGGGUAUCAAUUAUUUCACAACUAUGUUGUGUACCACUAACUGAGAAACAAUAUUUAUUAUAACCGCUAAUUACCAAACAAAAACAUAGCAACAUUUUUGUGACACUUUUUCAACAACAAAAGGAUUCAACAAUUGAUAUGAUGCGAUUAUGUACAUACAUAACAUAACACUUGUA